AUGCCCCCCUGGGCAGUGCUGUUACUCCCCGUGGCGCUAUCAGUGAAUACCGACUGCGACAGUAUCCCACCCCUGGCGCGCUGCGCUAGUUGGAACUUGGGACGACGAUCCCGCACCGCCCGGCUUCAUUUUUCGCAGAAGACUAGGUUUGCAACCGGAACUGCUAUCCUCGAGGCGACAUACGGCUUGACUCCAUCAUCGGCCGAGAUGGUUUCGGAGGCCAUCAAGCUCGACUUUUUGUCAGCCACCGUCAACCUGUCUUCCAUGGAGUACGGCAACGGCUACGUGAACGUUAGACCUGGAUUGAGGUGGGGUGCUGUUUACGGCUUCCUUUACCCUCGCGGAUUGGUCGUCGGCGGCGGGCUCAGCAGCCCCGCCGGCGUUGCUGACCUUGUUUUGGGAGGUGCCAGGCCAUUGUCCAUUCGUUGA